AUGGUCUCUAAUCACUCAAGCUCUUCAUUUGGUGAGGGUUGGAAGAUGAACAAGUAUCACGACCGAAAGGCCUCUACUGAAAGACCCCAUGCAUCAUCCAGGUCUGAUGAUUCGUUUUAUAUCACAAACUUCCCAGAUUACAUAAUUCAUUCUGAUAUUUGGCGUGCAUGUUCCCGGUUUGGAAAAGUUUGCGAUGUAUUUAUCUCAAAAAAGCUGUUUUGUAUGGGAAAACGUUUUGGUUUUGUCAGAUUUUCAGUUACAAGUGGUAAUUGUGAGAAAUCCUCAUUUGACAAAGAAGAAGUAGCCAUUGUUCUUGAAUUUGGGAAUUUUGUUAUUGAUAACAAAAAAUUAGCAUGCUUAGCCAAGGCCCGUGACUUUAAUACUCUUCCCAGUCUGGGAAUGUUAUGCCAUGAUGAAGGUUUAGAUGACUUUAUCGUCCGAUAUGUGGGUGGUGUGUGGGUGAUAUUUGAAUUUAAAUCCAAAGAAGCUUGUCUCCCCCUUCGUGCUUGGAGUAAGAACUCGUUUAGACUUAUUUUGGCCAAAUGGGGUUCAAUUGCCCAUCUUGAUGAUAACAUUAGAGAAGACGUCUACAAGUCACGUGUUUGUAUUAUCACCCCGUUUCUUGGUAUAAUUUCUAAAGUGAUUAAAGUUAGCAUUGACGGUGAAAUAUUUCCCAUUUGUAUAAAAGAAGCCCCUGGUUGGAAUCCGACAUUCGCUUGUGAGUUCAAUAACAUUGAUAAUGAUAGUGUUGAUGUUAUUCACAGAUUCGAGCAAGAUCAUAAUAGUAGAAAUGACUCUUUAACCGAUAGGGAAGAUAUUUCACUUGAUCCUUUUGGUAUCUAUGAUGUUGCAACCAAGCUGACCGUAGCUCAAGCUGCUCCUGAUGCUGUUAAUUCUACGAUAAUAGCUCAAGCUACUCCUAUUGCUGUCAAAUCUGCGACAAGAGCCUCUGUUGCUGUAAAAAAUGUGACAGAAGCCCCUGAUAAAGCGUCGGAUACUACCUCGACAACCUCAACUCCAUUUUUCUCGUCUAAUAUUCGAAAAAGAACCUGGAGCCAAUCAGAAUACAAGGGGGAAUGA